CUGGCUUACAGCACCUAACUGAAAUGUGGGCACUAUCUGGAUUACGAUGCCAACUGCAAUUUAUUAAUUCCUAAAAGUAACUAUUUAAAUCCAUGCAACAUAAUCCUAGCUUAUCUAAACAUGCAUUCAAUUACAGAAAGAACUAAAUGUUAUGUGUGGUUGGGAAGCAAUUGGACAUUUACGCGGUGAAAACACUGAUAGUUUUAAAGCUGUACUCAACCGAAGCCCGAUGUUGAGCCUGCUAAAAACCCAGUGUCCGAAAACCCAAUUUGCCUGCCGCCGUAACAAACUUUAGAACUAUCAACAUAGCCGUUGGACACUCCACACCCACCGCCGGAGAAAGCACGAUCGGGAGACAGCGUAGUCUAUUCGCGCCCCGAAUCAGAUUGUUUCCCACGGUUGACCAGCCAAAGCUGUUUCGGAAUGGAAGUGAUAUCAACACGCAGCAGUAGAACUGCUCGAAUUGCUCUGCGAUUGCAGCAGCUGGAAGAAGAGCACGCAAUCGAGUUGCGCAAGAUUGAAGCGGAGAGACGAGCAUUGGCAUUAGAGCGUGAGGCCCUACACGCAAAGUAUAUGUUGCUACAGAAGCAGGCUUCAAUCAAAGCUGUUCGCCGUAAUAAAGUCGGUACAAACGACAACAAACCAUCAAACGAUGGUGAUACGCAGGAUGCUCAUGGACGAGCAGCCGAUCUAUCGAAGGGAAUAACGGUAUCGGGAAUACAAUCGGAGAAGCAAUCGAACCAACCGAUACGACCGUUGUUUACCGAAUUAGCUGAUCGAUCGCAAUUGUCAACUGGGAUUCAGCAGCAGAACAUCGGCGCGUUUCCCGUGGCUAUUCUGAAAGAACAGAGCGAGAUCAUGCAAUGCAAUGAGAAGACGGUAGAAGAGAAAUUUGUACUCUUGCCUUGCCAUGCUGGCGAGAGUAGCACGACGUUUCGAGAAUUAGUGGAUCCGAAUUGGGAGCUGUACCAUACUCAGGCGAACAGUUCCACCGAUCAGAGACUACCGAUCAUUGCAUCCCAACGAAUAAUAGAGCACAGCUUCGGGAAUGACUCGCGUGACCCGAACUACAAUAAUGCUGAAAAUUGCGCCGCGAAUGAAGUACAGUUGCUAGAGCGCGAGAAGAUUAAAUACCACGCGCGAGUGAAACGGAUGAAAUGGUUCGGCAUUCAGUUGGAUCCUGAUACUGGACAGAGGUCGAAGAAAGUGCCAGAGUCUUCAAAGAAUCUGAUGUCGAAUAAUGAAGUGCAAUUCCUCACUGACGUUUCAAAGUCGAUUGCUGCCCCUCUUUUGGACAGCCAUCGAAAUGGGAAUGAAACGAAUCCAGAACGACCGCAUGAUUCUACCUGUUGUUCUAGGGGCUCGAUGGACCAGCUCAUAUCGCUAUCGGCCACAUCCAUUGCAACAUCGUUCGCCUGCAAUUCCAAUGUCGUGGGUUGGUGUUUCGACCUCAAUCUGUCUAUAUUCCCUCCAUCAGGUAAUCUCAAGGCCGAGUUGUUAUUAAACAUCUCCACAGUCCUAAAAAGUGUAUCUCAUCAACUCACGCAAAUCGACACGGCAAUACUGCACCAACACAAAAACAAAUUAUCGCCGUCUCGUAGCUUGAUAUAUCAUUCCCGUUUAUGGCAUCGUUAUGGUCGGAGCCACAGUUGCCGAUAUUCAUGUUGGAAGGCAUACGACCAACCUCGAGGUGCUUCGCUACUACGAAACCGUGAACGAAACUACGUGAGAAGUGAGGAUAAGAGAAGAGAUGAGAAGCAUGUGAACGACACUACUACUACAUGGAUGGGAUAUAUGACUGAUUGCGAGAAUCCGAAUGUUAUGAUGUUCGGCAAGAAUGCUAACGUUGUUUCGUGCAUCAGUAGUCUAAAAAGGCUUGAUCGGAAUGCCGCUAGGAAAGGUGUGAAAGACUCUUCGAGUAAAUACGUAAAUUACUGUUUUAUCUCUUGGGGCCAGAAUGAUCGUCAUGAUGGAUCGGCAUGCUUGAGGCAUGAGAUACAGAAGGAUACUAUUCAACAAGUGAUCAUGGAUUUCGUCUGGGUUGGUGCGCGUAAUCAGCGACUGGUGGCUACAGUCAUGUAUCUCGCCAGGUUACGUGAUGUUUGUUCGCAAUCGUCGGUUUUUGAACGUUUCAUUAACAACGCUUCUAGCGUCUGUGCUCCACCCGCUAAACUUGAGUUAGAGAGUACAAUGAGUGACGCAUUGCAGCUACCUAUGAUCAGAUCAGAUGAUGCUGACAAAAUUAAUAUCGAAACAGAACAAACCUUAACGUCUGUUUUUGGUGUAAAUGUUGAUCCACGAGGUUGUAUCGGCCGAAACCGUGGCGCCAUAAGAAUACAGGACAGUGAAGAAAAUGUUGAUCGAGGUAGCAAGCUGUACCGGGGUGUCUGGCGUAGAGAAGUGAAGUGUGCUGGCAUUAUCAAGUGUGCAGGUAAUGAUUAUCAAUUCGAGAAUGGAGAUCACGAUGUUCGAGGUGAAAGGUAUCGACAGCUGAAUGAAAUAUACUUCAGGGAGCGACAAGAUGUAAUCACAGUUCCCAAUAGCCGCAGAUUGCAGGACAAUGACCGAAGAAACUCCUAUCACCGAGUUGUAAGCUAUAGAUUUAGUAGGGAUGAUGAUUAUGAACUUAUAAGCGUUUAUAGUAGCCAGAUUGUGGGAUCAGUGAGGCAAGCUUCGGUAACAAUGUUGCAAUCUGAAGCAAUAUUUUGAAUACGGUGUGCUGUAAUCAGAGGAAAACAGUUGAUUGACUGCGGCGUAUUUUGGUAAAACUGGAACCGCCAAUGUUGAAACUGGUGGCCAGUAUUACGGGGGGGAGUGUGUUGCCGCUGGGAACACUGUAUUCACUCUGAUGACAGUCAAAUGUUACUGCGACUGACAUGGGAGAAUUGUGUAUAAGAGAAAAGAAGAACCAAAGCUUUGAGGCAGCAAGUGACUUGCAAAUCCGUGCAUCCUUAAUGCAUUUUCGUUAAUUAGUGCGUCUUAAAGAUAGUGAUUUACUUUAAACUAUAUCUAAACAGGUAGCAGUGAGUGAAAUAGUUGAAUUGGUUCUUACUCUAUUUACUUAUAUAAAUUAAACUGGCUUACAGCACCUAACUGAAAUGUGGGCACUAUCUGGAUUACGAUGCCAACUGCAAUUUAUUAAUUCCUAAAAGUAACUAUUUAAAUCCAUGCAACAUAAUCCUAGCUUAUCUAAACAUGCAUUCAAUUACAGAAAGAACUAAAUGUUAUGUGUGGUUGGGAAGCAAUUGGACAUUUACGCGGUGAAAACACUGAUAGUGUAAGUUUCAGUUUAUAUAUAUAUUUAUACCUAAUCUAACCUAUGCAUUACCCUACCCAAUGAAAUAUAUUUACAGUUUAAAGCUGUACUCAACCGAAGCCCGAUGUUGAGCCUGCUAAAAACCCAGUGUCCGAAAACCCAAUUUGCCUGCCGCC